CACACACACACACACACACACACUCAUUUUCACUCACACACACACUCAUCCAUAAACACACACAAUGUCAUCUUAUGUACCUCCACACCUCCGCAAAUCAUCAGCCGCCACCGCCACAACAACCACCACCACCAAAACCACCACCGCCACGUCAGCAACCCUAGAAAACCACAAACUGAACUCGAAUUCAAUUAACAAUGCGUUUUCCAAUGCAGCUUCGCCGCGCCGGAACUCUACGAACAACCACAGCCAACCGUCGCGAGCCUUAGCUGUACCUAACGUAGUUUUUCCUCAAUGGAAGCCUUCCGAACGCGUUCUCCGCCUUAAACCUGAGCAGAUAGAAGAGGUCAGAUUACGACUCAAUGUUGAUGUUACUGUCACUCCCGACUCUCCGGCUGCACCUGCACCAAUUGAAUCUUUUACAGACAUGUGCCUGGAUGCAAGCAUCAUGAAGGAUAUCGCCAUUCAUGAAUACUCCACACCAACUUCUAUUCAGGCACAGGCAAUGCCUGUUGCUCUAAGUGGAAGGGAUCUUUUGGGCUGUGCAGAAACAGGCAGUGGGAAAACUGCCGCAUUCACAAUACCCAUGAUACAGCAUUGUAUAGCUCAGCCUUCUGUUCGGCGUGGAGAUGGCCCAUUAGCACUAGUGUUGGCUCCCACCAGAGAGCUUGCACAGCAGAUAGAGAAAGAGGUGAAGGCCUUCAGUCAAUCAUUGGAGUCUUUUAGAACUGCGAUUGUUGUGGGUGGAACAAACAUCUCUGACCAGAGGUCUGAGCUUCGGGCAGGAGUAGAGAUUGUGGUUGCUACUCCUGGAAGAUUUAUUGAUCAUUUACAACAAGGAAACACGUCUCUUACACGGAUUUCGUAUGUUGUACUGGACGAAGCAGAUAGAAUGCUUGAUAUGGGUUUUGAACCUCAAAUAAGAGAGGUAAUGCAUAAUCUUCCAGAAAAACAUCAAACGUUGUUGUUCAGCGCGACUAUGCCGGUAGAGAUCGAAGCACUAGCACAGGAAUAUCUGACAAAUCCAGUACAAGUCAAGGUUGGAAAAGUUAGCAGCCCAACAGAGAAUGUAUCCCAAACUUUGGAGAAAAUUACUGAGAAUGAAAAGAUUGAUCGACUACUAUCUUUGCUUGUUGAGGAGGCUGCACUGGCUGAAAAUUUAGGCCACCCAUUUCCUUUAACUAUCGUAUUUGUGGAACGGAAGACAAGGUGUGAUGAAGUUGCUGAAGCUUUGGUGGCUCAGGGAUUAAAUGCUGUUGCUCUUCACGGAGGCCGAACUCAGAGUGAAAGAGAGGGCGCCUUGCGUGAUUUUAGGCAUGGUCCUACUAAUAUCUUGGUUGCUACAGAUGUCGCAUCUCGGGGUCUGGAUGUUACAGGAGUUGCUCAUGUAGUUAAUCUGGACCUUCCAAAGACAAUGGAGGACUACGUUCACCGAAUUGGAAGGACAGGUCGUGCAGGAUCAACGGGCCGAGCUACUUCAUUUUAUACAGAUCGUGAUAUGUUCCUAGUAUCACAAAUAAGAAAAGCAAUAGCAGAUGUUCAAUCUGGGAACACCGUGGCUUUUGCCACCGGCAAGGUUGCUAGGAGGAAAGAGCGGGAAGCAGCUAUUGCUCAAAAAGAAGCAAGGAUUUCCCAAUCGAAGCUUUCACCCACAUCCAUUAAUGUAGAAGACAAGUACAAGUACAUGAUUGCCCCUGCAAUGAUCAAGAAAGAGGGUUCUGCAGAUGAUGCUUGGGACGAUUAAUACUACAAAAAUUGACUUUCCACGUUCCCGAUCCUUCUCCUGUUAAAGUCCUACCACUAGUCUUUAAAAAGAAAAGGAAAUCUUUUUGGCCUUACUAUUCAAACGUGACAACAAUAAGGUAUAGAAUCAGAGGUUGGUAGAUAGUGUAGGCUGUGUAUAAUUUGCAUUUUGAACUCGUAUCUUAGGGUAUAGACAUGGUUGAGAAAAAACUUCAUAUUAUUACGAAA